GGCGCUGCUCCUCGUGGGCAGGGGCAGGGCAAGAAGAGGGCCCGGGGGAGGGCAGGGGAAAGACGGGGCAGCGAGAGGACAGGGACAGGGACAGGGCCAGGGGCAGGGCCGGGCCAGGGGCAGGGCGAGGCGGGGGCCGGCACUCCCACCCCACCCGCGCACCCUCCCUCCCGUGGGAAGGGGAGGCGGUGGGGGGUGGCUGCUCCCCGUCACUCCUUGCUGCGAACGGCAGCCGUGACCGAGCGCCACUUUCCCGAGUCGGGGCUCUGACAUUCAGCCCCAUCCGCUCCCUCUCGAGCAUCCUCCGCGCCCCACUCCGCUGCCCUCGGCCGCUCCGCGGGGAGCCCCAGCUCGGGCCGGGCGCGGCAGCAGCGGGCUCUGCCCUCGCCACCAACAGCUCAUAAAAUUUUCAUGAUCUCGCAAGAAAGUGGGAGCCAGGGUUUCCAACCCGUCUGUUUGCCCCCGUUGAUGGGAAAGAAUUCCCGCGUGAAGCGGAUGGAUGGGCGCUGCCGGUCCCACGACAGGCUGCGGGCUGGGAUCCCGGCGGCCGCAAAGCGCCCUCCAUCCUGCCUGGCAUGGGGGGAAUGGGGAAAAUCCGGAGCUUUCGUGGGUUUCAUUUUCGUGGUUGGCGGCGCUGGGGAAGUGCGGCCGUGCGGGCUGAGCUCUCCCGGCCCGCCGUCUCCAGGACAGCCUGGACAGGGCUAGGCGGGGGUCGCUGCUGGUUUUCCCCUCCCAAAAUUGGUGCGAGAGCCCAGGGAAGGCCGGGCAGCGCCGGGCACACCACCUGCGGCACGGCCAGCCUGGCAAAGGAGCAGCGACCUCUCCCCUCUGCUCUGUCCACCGCCAGCAUCUCCAACGCGCUGGCAAAGCUGCCUCAAAGGUUUCGCUUGGAAAAAAAAAAUUAAAAUAAAGUGGUGUCGGGUGUGAGCGGGCGGCACACGGGGGUGCCAGGGCGGCGGCGAUGUGCCCAGGCUGUGCCCACGGGGAAGCGUCGCUGCCAGACCUCCCCCGGCGGCACGGGCAGGGGCUGCCUGGAAACGGGGGAAUCGCUGUAAACCCGGCGAAAUUCGGUGCAUGCCUGUGUUUUGCAGGCAGUCAUUCCACGCUGGGAGAACGGGAGGUGCAGCAGCACCGCCCUGCUCUUCCACUACUGCUCUGGGCAUUUUGGCUUCCCAGCACCUCGAGGUUUGUUGUUUUGGUUUGUUUAGGUUUUUAUUUUUUUUUUUUUCUCCCCGGAGUGUGGAGAAAAGCUGGGAAGGAGGCUUUGCUCGGCACAAACAGCCCAGGAGGCUGCCCGCAGCCCGGCCCCGGCCUCGGAGCCUGCCCGCUGCCCGCCGGCGGGCGGGGGUCGGCCGCAACCUCCCUCCCUCCUUCCCCGAACCGAGCUCCCGGCUUGUCAUCCCGUUUCCAAAGUUCUCAGUGCCAAAAGCGCCGAGCAAAUGGCAGCGUGUGGGGGGUCCCGCUGCACCCGCACCCUCACCUAUCUGAGGGAGGGAAAAUAUAAAUUUUUUGAAGGUGGCAGCAUUGAAUGAGCCUCGUUGAAACUACGCGGAGAGCAUAAGGAAAAGAAAUAUGGCCGGUGUGCAGAGAGGUGACAUUUGCAGGCGCUGGGUCUGCGAGGGGAGGCUGAAACAAAGCAAAACGAAGCCAAACUCCCAUUUUCAAGCCACCUCUCUCGGUGACCCGCAGCGGUUCCCGAGGAAAAGCCCCCGCUCGCAGCGAUGCCGCUUGCGAGAACUGCAGCCGGGCGAGCGAUAGUGCUGCUGGGGAAUGUUUCCACAGAGAUUGAGCUUCCAGAUAAAAAUAACCUCAGAAAAAAAAAAUUAAAAAAUAAAUAGACCGUUCAGAUUUCUUCGGUUCACCCCUUCACCCCCAGCCGCCCCCCGCUGCCUCUGCAUACCUGAGGUGCUGGAUUAUUGUCAGAGGACAGGCAGAUGCAGUAAUUGUUUUGUACAGCUUUGUUUAUCUCCUACUUCGGAGUUUACCUCAGGAAUUCUCCCGCCUGUCCUGUGUAGGGUAGAAAUAUCCCCGCAAAGGAGCGGGAUAACGAAUGGGAAGGUUAACGCUGUAGUGGCAGCGAGAGCGCAGGUAACGAGGGGUUCAAGGAGGUUUAAAGUUUUUAUCGGUAACUUGGGUCCGCCCGGGAGCGAAAUGUUUGAAGUGCAGCACCUUGAACACGUUUAAUUAUGGGGUAGUAGUAAAGCGAGAGCUUCCAAGUAAUUAGAAAAUAUUUCUUGGGAGACAGGCUAAUCGCUUUUCAUGGGGCUCUUGAAGAAAUUAACCUCUGGGUGCUUGUUUGAACAAAACAACUUUGGAUCAGCCACCGCUGGUCUUCGCUGGUGGACUCGACCCGCUGCGAAAUACAAACAAAACAGGGAGAUGAAUUUAAAAUUAAAUAUAAAUGAAAGAAUAAAGGGAAAGAAAAAGGGGAAGAAAAAAGGAUAAGAAAAAGGAAAGAAAAAAAUGAAAGAAAGAGGAAAGAAAAAGGAAAAGAAGAGGAGAGGAAAGGCUCACUGUCCCUUUCCUUCAAGGUGGCGAGUGAUGCGUGUCACCGCAGGGAAGCCACCUCCAACUAAAAACAUCACUUAGGGGGAGAGCCGGUGGUCGGGAUGCGGCGGACCCUGGGGCCGAGCCAACCCCUCCCGCCCCUGCUCGGCCCUGGCAGGGUCGCGCAGCUCCGCGGUGCGCGCCCCGUCGGGGCGGUGGCACCGAGCGGGCCCCGGCCAGGGCUCCAGGCUCGGCUGCGGGGGGAGGACCCGCUCCCGCCUUCUGGCUCCUCUCUCGCCCUCCCCGCGGAGGAUCCGAGCCCCGCAACCUGUCCAGCCCCCCCAGCCCUUCGUCCAUCCACACGCACCUUGCUCCCUAAUUUUGUUUCGGGGUAUUUCUCCCUAAGGACAAGCAAAGCAGGUGCGGCACCUUUCCCGCCCUAAAGAGGCAAGGGUUUUUGGGGGGCCAGGAGGGUGACGGGCCGGCGUUUAGGGGAUCAGCACGGCGGGGCGAUGCCGUUUGGGGAGCGGUCAGGGCGCAUCAAAAGCUCCUGUCCGGCUGCGGGAAGGACGAGUCAAUUACGGCCGAACCGCGCUGCGGGGAGGGGACGCAACCCCCGGGCAGCCCGCGGGCACCGGGCCGGGCCUGUUCCGUCCCCCCCGGACCCCUUUGUAUCGCCGCCGCUCGCUGAAUAUUAUUUAUGCGUUUCUGCAAGGAAUUGUGGGAUGCCGGCCCCUCUCCCCCGGUAAACACCGGGGCGAUUCUCCCCGGAUAACCCCUCCCGGGUGAGGGGUGCGGGGCACGGGCGGGCGGGGUGCGGGGCACCGCCGGCUCCCCCCGCGCGUCCCGCGGCGGCCGCGCCGCGCCGGGCCGGGGGAGGGGCGCGGGCGCUGUCACUUACCGGGGCGCCCCGCACCACGUGUGCGCUCGGCGCCGCUGCCAUUGGCCCGAGGCACGUGUCGGAGCGCCCGGGCCGGCGACGUCAGCGGCGGGGGCCCCGUUAAAACCUAAAGGACAACAACCCGAGUGGAAGUGCCCGGGCGCGGCGGCGGCGGCCGCCGGGGCGUAGCGCGGCGCAGGGCGGGCGGCAGGGCAGGGCGGGACGCCCCCCCACCCGCGGCGGCCCCCGCAUGUGCGGGCGCGGGGCGGCGCGGGGCGAGGCGCUGCCGGCCGGAGCCCCGCGGGGCGCCCCUCACCGCCCUGCCCUCCGCGGGACACCGGCUGCCCAGAGCCCGCCUACACCCCGCCCCGGCACCGGCGCUUCGUUUUUUCUCGUGCACCCCCCCUCCGCUCCGCGGUUAUUAUUAUUUUUAUUAUCGCUAAUUUCUCCUCCGCGGAUGCGGCGCGGCGGCGGCGGCGGCGGCCGGGGGAGCAGGCGGCAGCGCGCCGCGGGACCGAGCGGCUGAGCGGCGGCGGGAGGCGGCGAGCGGCGGCGGGAGGACCGGAGCCCCUGUGUUUUCAUUUUUUGGCAAAGUUGGAAGUGGUGCAGGCUCGGCUGCUGGCUUGCGGGUCUCCUCGCAUUUGUCUCCUAUUUUUUUUUUUUUUUAAUACUCUUAAAUUUUUUUUUCCUUUUUUUUUUUUUUUUUCUAACUCUGGAUUUUGAAUGCCGGGCGAAGCCAGGAGAAACGAAAGCAAAUAGACACCUGUGUGUGCGUGUAUAUAUAUAUAUAUAUAUAAAUAUAUAUAUAAAAAAAUUAAAAUAAAGAACAACCGACUGCAGCAGCAACAACAGACAGCGCUCGGCAGCAGCGCCCGGUCGGCGGCAGGCGGGCAGCGGAGCCGUCGGCGGGGCGGCCGCGCAGCAUGGAGGAGGGCGGCCGGAGCCCCCGGGAGGAGGCGGCCGAGCCGCAGGAGUCCGGCGGCGACGCGGAGCCCGGCGGCGGCGGCGGGCGGCGGGGGCUGCUGCUCCCCCCCGGCGACCCCCCGCACCCCCACCCGCACCCGCACCGCAUCACCAACUUCUUCAUCGACAACAUCCUGCGGCCCGAGUUCGGGCGGAGGAAGGAGGCGGGCGGCCCCGACGGAGAGCCCCGGCGGCCCGGCGCGGAGAGCCGCCGCAGCCCCGCCGCGGCGCCGGCCCCCGGCGCUCCGCUGCCCGGCGGCGGGGCGGGCUCGCCGGGCCGAGGGGAGGGCGGCCCCGCCGGGCUGGCCCUGCACGGUGCCGCCAAGAAGGGGGGGGACCCCGCGGCGCUGGAGGCGGCCCUGAAGGCGCGGGGGCUGAGCGGCGGCGACCUGUCGGUGAGCUCGGACUCGGAUAGCUCGCAGGCCAGCUCCAACGCCGGGAACCAGCCCAUGCUGUGGCCCGCCUGGGUGUACUGCACGCGGUACUCGGACCGGCCCUCCUCAGGUCCCCGCUCCCGCAAACCAAAGAAGAAGAACCCCAACAAGGAGGACAAGCGGCCUCGCACCGCCUUCACGGCCGAGCAGCUGCAGAGACUCAAGGCCGAGUUCCAGACGAACCGGUACCUGACGGAGCAGCGGCGCCAGAGCCUGGCCCAGGAGCUCGGGCUCAACGAGUCCCAGAUCAAAAUCUGGUUCCAGAACAAACGAGCCAAGAUCAAGAAGGCGACGGGCAGUAAGAACUCCCUGGCAGUGCACCUCAUGGCCCAGGGGCUCUACAACCACUCCACCACGGCGAAAGACGGCAAGUCGGACAGUGAAUAG